AUGGCUUGCGAGGACAUGGCGCAUUCGACCCUAUACACGAUGAUCCCGUCGGCAGUUCGAUCGCGAAUGCCCGUCUUGACCUCUCUGCGACGGUCCGCAAAGGCCGUGAUACUGCACGACUCGAGGACGCGGCGACCACAACCUCGCGCGCUAUCAUGUCCCGAAUCAUUUCAAGAGAAGGAGCGUGCUAUUGGCUUCGCUGCCACUGUACCCUCAAGCGGCGCCAGUACGCCGACGACAAGACCAAACACGCCCGAGGAACAUACCUCUGCCUCCUCACAAGAGCUUAGUCUAAAGGUGCUAUCGCAGCAGCGACAAGAGACGAGCAGCGGCGUCGAUUGGGACGUGGCUGCGACGGGCGUUCGGCUUUGGAUAACUGCCAAAACACAAGCCGAACAAGGGGGAGGGGACGUCAACGCCCUCCGAAGCAUGCACAUUGAUGCCCUCCGGUACAUGCACAUGGCCCUCCCGGAGAAUCUGACGGCGCUCGAGGUGGAGUCUCUGCGCGCUAGCAUGUCUCCUAGGAUCCUGUACCAGUCGUCACCGAUGCUACCAGAGAUCGACGGGAAGUCCAAUCCGAGUCUUUUGCGCCAGGGCGUCGCCAGAGUCGUUUGCUGGGUCAUUGCAGGGAUCCUCUUGGUCCUCCCGGUGAUCAUGGCGUUUCUCAAUCGGGCGCUGCAGUUCGAACGCCAGCACCAGCUGACCGAGAAGGUCCUCGCAAAUGGACUCGACUUGACCUCUGCCCUUGGUGAACGUAGCUUGGAACUUCAAAGGGCCCUGUCACGUUUCAAAGAUGGGCCUCUGGGCAGCGCCUGUGCGGACGCAGGGUCCUGGUUCAUUGAAGGCAUUGUUGGUGGUGUCAACGAUGGUAUUGAUGCUGUUGCCCAGGGUCGGGCGAGAGCGUCAUGA